UUGUCCGCGGCCUUCCGUGCAUGGGUAUUUGGGCAUUCUGGAUUCUACUCUGAGCCCCGGCGGUGGCCGCGGCUGUCAGUGCGCCGCCCGGCGCGCCCCGCGCGGAGCAGAGCGGCAGAGGGGCCGGGGAGCUGUGCUGGAAACGACGCGGCCUCCUGCCCCUCGGCAUCCUGCGGUCUAGAAUUAGACUCGGUCACGUUUUAUUGGGGGUGGGGGAUUCGGGGGGAAAUCUCCAUGGAGAAAGCAGCAAGUGGACAGGUCUUCACCUGGAGAGGGAAGGAAUCCAUUCGAAUGGGCGGUUCCGAGUAGAGCGACCUGCUGGAGCAGAGAAGGUUUUGAAAAUGCCUCAGAGCCUGUAAGGUUCAGUGUUUCCUUGUCAAGAUGCCCCUCUCAGACUUUAUUCUGGCCCUGAAGGACAAUCCCUACUUUGGGGCUGGAUUUGGGCUUGUGGGUGUGGGCACGGCCCUGGCCCUGGCCCGGAAGGGUGCCCAACUGGGCCUGGUGGCAUUCCGGCGUCAUUACAUGAUCACACUGGAAGUCCCUGCUCGAGACCGAAGCUAUGCCUGGUUGCUUAGCUGGCUCACCCGCCACAGUACCCGUACUCAGCACCUCAGUGUUGAGACUUCGUACCUUCAGCAUGAGAGUGGGCGCAUCUCCACUAAGUUCGAAUUUGUCCCCAGCCCUGGAAACCACUUUAUCUGGUAUCAGGGGAAAUGGAUCCGAGUGGAACGAAGUCGAGAGAUGCAGAUGAUAGACCUGCAGACGGGAACCCCUUGGGAAUCUGUCACCUUCACAGCUCUGGGCACUGACCGAAAGGUCUUCUUCAACAUCCUGGAGGAAGCUCGAGAGCUGGCCUUGCAGCAGGAGGAAGGGAAGACAGUGAUGUACACAGCCAUGGGCUCUGAAUGGCGCCCUUUUGGUUAUCCACGCCGGCGGCGGCCACUGACUUCUGUGGUUCUAGGACAGGGUCUGGCUGACCGAAUUGUUAGAGAUGUCCGGGAAUUCAUCGAUAACCCCAAGUGGUACACUGACAGAGGCAUUCCCUACAGACGUGGCUACCUGCUUUAUGGGCCUCCUGGUUGUGGAAAAAGCAGUUUUAUCACAGCCCUGGCUGGGGAACUGGAGCACAGCAUCUGCCUGCUGAGUCUCACAGACUCCAGCCUCUCCGAUGACCGGCUCAACCACCUGCUGAGCGUGGCCCCACAGCAGAGCCUGGUGCUCCUGGAGGAUGUCGAUGCAGCCUUUCUUAGCCGAGACCUGGCUGCAGAGAACCCAGUCAAGUACCAAGGUCUAGGUCGCCUCACCUUCAGCGGACUGCUCAACGCCUUGGAUGGUGUGGCAUCCACUGAGGCACGCAUCGUUUUUAUGACCACCAACCACGUUGACAGGCUGGACCCUGCCCUGAUACGCCCCGGAAGAGUAGACAUGAAGGAGUACGUGGGCUACUGCUCACACUGGCAGCUGACCCAGAUGUUCCAGAGGUUCUAUCCAGGGCAAGCACCUUCCUUGGCCGAGGCCUUUGCAGGACGUGUCCUUCAAGUCACAACGCAGAUCAGUCCUGCCCAGGUACAGGGCUACUUCAUGCUGUAUAAAAACGACCCUGCAGGGGCCAUUCACAAUGCUGAGUCUCUGAGGACAUGACGGGCAAGCUGUGCUCAGCGCUUCUCCUCUAGAUCAAUAAACACCUGCCACACC